AUGAGAAGGAACACUUUGAUGAUGGUGAAAGCAGCGGCAGUGCUGAAGUACGAGAACAACGUGAUGAACAUCCGACAGUUCAACUGCUCACCUCACCCUUACUGGCUGCCCAACUUCAUGGAUGUUUUCACUUGGUCUCUGCCCUUUGUCGGAGAGAAGGUGACUGAGAUGCUAGUGAACGUACUGAGCAUCUGCUCCAAUGAUGAGCUGACGACUGACGAGGAGCUGGACGGUGCCACAGCUUCUGCCCGUAAGGAGGUCAUCCGCAACAAGAUUCGUGCCAUUGGAAAGAUGGCCAGGGUAUUUUCUGUGCUCAGAGAGGAGAGUGAGAGCGUGCUGACGCUGAAGGGGCUGACUCCAACGGGUAUGCUACCAAGCGGAGUGCUGUCCGGUGGCAAAGAAAAGCUGCAGAAUGCCAUCAAAGGCUUCUCACCGCAGCACAAGAUCACCAGUUUUGAGGAGGCGAAGGGUCUGGAUCGCAUCAACGAGAGGAUGCCGCCGCGGCGAGACGCCUUGCCAUCUGACGCCAGCCUCAACUCCCUCAACAAGGCCCUGUCCUCGGAGACAAACGGCACAGACGCCAAGGGAAGUACCAGCAGUGGCAGCAACAUACAGUGAAGGCCAUCAGCAAGCGCCACCUUGGCCAACGGGGCUGCCCCGUCCCCAGCCUCAUCACGGCCUGCCACCGCAGAAAAGGGGCAAAGGGUGAAGGAGUGUUAAGAGAGUGGAGGGGGUAGGAAUCUAUGGCUCACACUGGGGGGACAUCUCACUUGCUAGUCUUUGGAUAUGCCUUCAAAAUAUUAGUUCAUAGUCAAAUCUGCUAAGUUAUUGCCGGGUCAUAUUUCUGAACGGUCACUGCAGUAUGUCAGAGAGAGACAGAGAGAGAGGGAAAGAUCUUAAAGGUGAUAUAUUUUCUUUUAUUUUCCCUUGAAAGUCCCUUGCUUAUUCACACCGGAAUGGAAAGUCGUGUAACUUCUUACUAACUAUUGUACGUUUACAAAAAUACAGCACUAAAAAGGACAGAACAUGAGAUAAUGUUUUUAACAUAUAAGGGUGUACAAAUAAAUAAGGACUAUUUAUUGAUAACUUUUUUUUUGCUACUCUUAUAAAAUAGCUCUGAAAUUAAUUAGGCAGUCUUAAAAAGAAUGUUGCAAUGUUGUCGAAAUGCCAAAUAAUGGAACGUUUUAUGGUUUUGUACAUAUUAUGCUUACCUCAGGUUCUUUUGGUGUGUGCUUUGACCUGAUUUUUCUGUAUAAUGGCUAAAGAACUCGGUAAUGAAUACCUAUUUUCUUGAGUUUCAUAACUGGAAUUUACAUUUACCUAUCUAUCAUUUGCAAAUAUGUUUAUUUUUUGUCUCUUUUGGAAGGGGGGAAGGGGUACAUUUAUUGUGGCUUGCUGGAAUUGAGUGUUAAUUUUUCUCUUUUUAAGUAUUGCGAACAAAGUAAAGAUAGAGAACCUAUAUUGUGUAAAAAAAAGAAUACAAUAAACUUAAAGUGUCUGCCUAUGCAUGUUUUAUAAGAAUCAAACAACGGAAAUAGAAAAUCUGAAUACCUUGGCUGUGGAGGCCUGUUUUGAGAUAUAUUGCGCUUUAGUGAACAUAUACUGGAUAUACCUGCAUACUUUCAAUUAACACCAUGAUGCUCUAUGCCUUCAACUUCUUUUUGUAAUUGAAGCAUUUAAUUAUCUAAGAUGGAUGAGAAAUCAUAUUUUUAACCUGCGCUUGUAAGUGCACACAGUCCAAUUAAGCAUGUUUGACAAUUCUUGUGAGGUGUGUGGUUACAUGUGUAACUCAAAAAUGCAUGAUUAGCUGUUUGUGUCAUAUAACAGGUAAAUCAAUUUUGUUCUGUUUUGUAAAUGUGCCACAGAAAGUGUAAUUUGAUUAUUAUUCCUAUUAUUAUUUGGAACUCUGCUUUGUAUAUCAGUUACAGGUUUGAUACUGCUCAAUACUUUAAGAUGAAACAAAAAAUACUUAGAUCUUUUUUAAGAACUGCUUAAGUGCCCAAGUAAUUCACUACACGACAUGAAGCCUUGCUUUUGUAAUUUAACUUCAAAACUGUUGGCAGAUGAGGCAUGCACUUGCAACUAUGAAAAAGUAUUUUAUAUAACUGUUCAAUAAAAAUGUGCAUGAAUUUCAACUUGAAA